UCUCUCGUCCGCCGGCUUCGCCGCCUCCCUCGCUUCGGCUGGGGCUCGGCAGGAGGUCAAUGAAUUGUUCGAGGGCGGGCGAGACGGACGCGGCCGCUGGGCUCCCCGGCCCUGCCUGAAGCCCUCUGGGGCAGGCAUGCUUCUGUUGCGCGGCGCUCCACAGCCGGGACAGCUGCGUGGUGAGCAGUGGGACUCCUCGAGAGGAACGGACGGGCUGCGCGUGGCGAACCGGAGGCACUGACGGAGGGGUAGAUCUCUGGCAUUCCCAACCCGGAAACUAGUUGAUUGAUUCAUAUGGAAGACACAGCGGAGAGAAUGGAAUAAUGGUGACAGCCUGAUGAUGGAAAUCCUGUAUGAAUGUGGAAGCCAUUAGCAGAGUAAUUGCUGUCUGUUACCAUGACAACCAGCCGCUGCAGUCACCUGCCCGAAGUCUUACCAGACUGCACCAGCUCGGCUGCUCCCAUGGUAAAGACUGUGGAGGACUGUAGCAGCCUUGUGAAUGGACAGCCGCAGUAUGUCAUGCAAGUUUCAGCCAAGGACGGGCAGCUGCUGUCAACGGUAGUACGGACACUUGCUACUCAGAGUCCCUUCAAUGACAGACCAAUGUGUAGGAUUUGCCACGAAGGCAGCAGUCAAGAGGACUUGCUUUCGCCCUGUGAAUGUACAGGGACCCUGGGAACUAUUCAUCGCAGCUGCCUGGAGCACUGGCUGUCCUCGUCAAAUACCACUUACUGUGAACUCUGCCACUUUCGGUUUUCAGUAGAGCGCAAACCCAGGCCGUUGGUUGAGUGGCUAAGAAACCCGGGCCCACAGCAUGAGAAACGGACACUGUUUGGGGAUAUGGUGUGCUUCUUGUUUAUAACUCCACUGGCUACCAUCUCUGGCUGGCUGUGUCUGCGGGGAGCAGUGGACCACCUGCACUUUAGUAGUAGGCUAGAAGCUGUUGGCCUCAUUGCACUCACUGUCGCACUCUUCACAAUUUACCUCUUUUGGACAUUAGUAUCAUUUAGAUAUCACUGUAGACUGUAUAAUGAAUGGCGUCGGACCAAUCAAAGAGUUAUACUUCUCAUCCCAAAGUCUGCCGGCAUCCCUUCAAAUCAGCAGUCCUUGCUGGGCCUGCAUUCGGUCAAAAGGAACUCAAAGGAGACAAUCGUCUAAUUGUGCUAAUCCCACACCGGAGCCAUGAACUACAUGAGGGUGGCUGAUUCCAUCCCAAAUUUGGUAGUAUCAUAUGCGGAACAACAGACUCUUUGCACAGGGAAGAAGACAUCUGUUGCAACUGAAAUCAUGGAUGCUGCAAUCAUAUAUUUGCUAAGCUGCCAAACAUGUUUAAAAAUUUAGCAGAUACUGUAUGACAUUAUCUAAGACCAUGUUGAUAGCUGCAUCACUAGAGAUGCAACCCUUUUUUAUUGUUGUUUAAAGAUAUUAAACUAUGAUGGCUCAA